CUGGCGGGCAACCUGGCUCGAUCCCCCGUUGUGGUGGGUGGAAGUGGCGGUGGUGCUGGAGGUGGCGGUGGAGGAGGUGGUGGUACCGGAGCCAGCGGGGCUGCCGGAGGUGAAGAUGGAGGACCUGGAGGGCCAAUUCUUGACUGGGAAGAGACAGAUCGUUUUUCCUUCGAGGACUCGGAUCGCUUCGAGGAGGAUUCUCUGUGCAGCUGGAGCAGCGAACCAGAGUCGCUCUGCAACAACUGGAGGGGCUGGCGGAGGCCCACGGUUGGGUUUGGCAGUUCCAAAAAACCUCCGUAUGAGGGGCAAACGGUGCCAACGUUAUGCGAACUUUCGGCAAGAUGCGUCGCUUCGCAUAUUCCAUUCGAAUUGGUGGAACACGUAUAUCCACCGGUUCCCGAACAACUUCAACUCAGGAUAGCGUUCUGGAGUUUUCCAGACAACGAAGAAGAUAUCCGUCUCUAUUCUUGUCUCGCCAAUGGAAGUGCCGACGAGUUUCAACGUGGAGAAUAUCUCUUCCGGACCAGGAGCAUCAAGGACCCACUUCAAAUUGGGUUUCAUCUGAGUGCGAGCGUCAGUGCUCCGAUGGCAGCAAACGUCCACAACUUACCUAAUGUAAUUAGUGCUCGUGCCCAAUACAACGUAGCAGUGACGUUCGAUCGCCGUCGUAUCACCUCAUGCAAUUGCACCUGCUCUUCUACCGCGUACUGGUGUUCACACGUCGUUGCUGUUUGCCUCCAUAGAAUACAUCUGCCGACACAAGUAUGCUUGAGAGCACCGGUGAGCGAAUCUCUGUCCAGACUUCAUCGAGAACAACUACAGAAAUUUGCUCAAUAUCUCAUCAGCGAACUGCCACAACAAAUCCUUCCAACUGCUCAGCGUCUUUUAGAUGAACUUUUAUCGGCGCAACCAAGCGCCAUUAACAGUUAUUGCGGUGCACCAGAUCCUACCGCUGGGGCAUCUGCUCACGAUCAGACCUCUUGGUAUUUGGAUGAAAAAACGCUACACGACAAUAUCAAAAAAAUUCUUAUCAAAUUUUGUGUGCCUGCUCCAAUAGUUUUUAGCGAUGUAAAUUAUCUCAGUACUACGGCACCCCCAGCUGCUGCGGAAUGGUCAUCUCUCUUGAGACCGUUGAGAGGUCGGGAACCAGAGGGCAUGUGGAAUUUGCUUUCGAUCGUCAGAGAAAUGUUCAAACGGACAGACAGAAACGCCAUACCUCUCCUUGAGAUAAUUACCGAGGAGUGCAUGGCGUGUGAACAAAUUCUUGUGUGGUGGUUUAACACAAAAGUCGCUCUCUCAAACGGAACUGGCCACGGAGGCGGCAAGCAUGGUAACAUGAAUAGCACUGCCUCGCAACAUGCGUGCUCUUCAUUGUGCGAUGAGAUCGUUGUUUUAUGGAGGCUAGCGGCGUUAAAUCCGGGACUUUCCCCAUCCGAGAGGGACAUGCUUCACGGCCAGUUUACCGCAUGGCAUAUGAAGAUAAUUGAUAAGAUAACAAAAAGCCGAGGAAGUUCAGUGUCGCAUAAUUCUCAAAAUAGAAAUAAUAGCAUUCAAAAUUCCCUGAGAACAGAUCUCGAGGUAUUUACAGGAUUUAAACCAGCACUAGAAGCUUGUUAUCUCGACUGGGAAGAAUACACCCUCCCUGGAAUCACGUAUACUGCUGGUAGUAAUCCCAUGUACCACUGUCCAUUCACCUGUUUUAGACACGCAGGAGACGCGAGGACAGAAGUUAAUCAAGUGAACUCAAGUCCGGUAGUUCUAAAUUGUCAACCGCCGACAUUCCACCAUCACGGUAGGAGUCCGCUUAGCUUGGGAUUGGUAGAAUUCAGUUACAUGGAUCGACGGCGGUUGAAUCCGCGAGAGUUUCCUGGAUUAUGCUCCAGAAGCGCUGGAGAUGGUAACAGAAGCAGCGUUAGCUCAGAGGGAUUUUGCGAGAAUUAUACCGACAUGCCGGAUACCCCUGAGCCACAGGCAGUUCUCGUAAGACGUGGUUGCGCUCAGUUAAACAAUUGCGGAGAUACUGAUUCACAGGAGGGUGGUGGCAGCGAAUCGUCAUCUAGCAGCAACGCCAGUCUCAACCACGCUCAAAAUUUGGAUAAGCACCGCUCAAAUGCGUCGUCAGAGACGCACAGUGAUAGUAGUGAUAGUAGUAACAGUAAAACAGUUGAAACAAAUCGUAGACCAAGUUUAGUUGAAUAUUGCGAACCAGUGGCAAGUACUUCACACGCAGUCGCAUCCAAGCAUAUUGUGAAAAGUGGGCAAGAAUCAGAUCCUGAGAAAGAUCCUUCGAGAAGACCAUCUAAGGAUGAAAGUCUGUCGUCGAGCAGCGAUAGCCCCUCAGGAGACGAAUAUAACGUUUAUUACUACGACCCUAAGACCCCAGUCACUAACGGGGCUACCAGCAAUAAAGAUUCAAAGGCUGAAACACCCCCAGUGGCAGCUGCUAAUACUAGUACCGUUUUGGGAAAUUUAAAGAAGACCGAAGAUCCAUGGGAUGUACUUUUUGCCAGAGCAGAAGGGCUUCACGCCCAUGGUCAUGCUAGAGAAGCAUGUACCCUUGGUGUUCAACUAGCUGAAGAACUAUUAGCCAAUCCCCCUGACCUCAUGAUCGAGGUACCACCUAUGCCAGUCAAAGGCAAGAGGAAGAAGCAACAAAUUAAUCCCGCAUCGCACCAACUUACAUGUCUGGCAUCAGCGACUCUGGCAAAAUGUGGUUUCUUAUGUACAGUGCUUGCUGAGAAUCCUGAACAUCAUAAUUUAGCUUUCAGAGUUGGAUUAUUUGGACUCGAGAUGGCUAGACCACCAGCUAGCACAAAACCUUUAGAAGUCAAGUUGGCGCAUCAAGAAAGCGAAUUAGUAGGCCUGCUAAAGAGAAUACCGCUUGGUCCUCCUGAGCUGGCCAUGGUUAGACAGAGAGCUGAGCAGUUGAGAGAUGGAGUAUUGCGUUCCAGGGGUCACGCUUUACUACCAACAAUGCUAGCCAGCUUUAUAUUUGAUGCACUCAAUAUGUCAAGACUGAAACUGCCCACAGACGUAGACAAGAACCUCGGAUUUGACGCCGCAGUUGCAGCUCUUGGAUUAAAGGCAAACGUCAGCGAAGCGGAUCAUCCUCUCCUGUGCGAAGGAACUCGGCGUCAGAGGGGAGAUUUGGCCAUUACUUUGUUGGUACACUACAAGGAUACUCCGAUGAAAGUGGCACGCAUAAUGGACAAAUUAUUGGAUCGGGAUGUUCACCAAUUAAUCAAGUCUCCUAUACUCAGCAGUAGUUACAGCUCUAACCCUCCUACCAAGAGUCAGAUGACUGCUUUCCGUUGCGAGGAAGCACGUGCAUCCCCUCUGGCUGGAGUUGAAACAAGUGGUAAUGGAGAUGGUACUCUUGGAACAAAUAGCAGACCUCACAGCAGCACUAGCGCAGAACUCGAGAGCGGCAUGAAUACUUUAACACUCCAGCCACAAACAGCUCAGCAACAAGUGCCCACCAGAACCAAGGAAACCAGAUUCAAAGGCAAAAGAGCAUAUCCCUCAAUUCCGAAUCAACCUUCGGAAGCUGGAGCACACUUUAUGUGCGAACUUGCUAAGACAGUUUUAGCUAAAGCUGGGGGUAAUAGCUCUACAUCAUUGUUUACUCAAGCUUCUACCAGCCAAAAUCAUCACGGCCCACACAGAGCUCUUCAUAUGUGCGCUUUUCAACUUGGGCUGUAUGCUCUCGGUCUUCACAAUUGCGUUAGUCCAAAUUGGCUGAGUCGUACAUACUCUAGUCACGUUUCUUGGAUAACUGGACAAGCGAUGGAAAUUGGCGCUCCUGCAAUAUGGUUCCUUAUAGACAGCUGGGAAGGUCAUUUAACUCCUCCAGAAGCAGUCAGUAUCGCUGAUAAAUCUUCCAGGGGAAGCGAUCCCAACAUGGUUUGUGCUGCCGCCGAGCUGGCCUUGUCAUGUCUACCACAUGCACACGCACUUAAUCCGAACGAGAUACAAAGAGCUAUUCUGCAGUGCAAAGAACAGAGUGAUCUCAUGCUGGAGACUGCUUGUAUUACGGUAGAAAAUACCGCUAAGGGUGGCGGAGUUUAUCCUGAAGUAUUGUUCCAAGUAGCUAAAUACUGGUAUGAACUAUACCUAAGGCAUACUCCGGGCGGUGAACAGCAGGAAGAAAUUCCUCACGAUCCCUUACAAUUGGAUCCAAGUGGAACACUUCUUGUCGAAUCCGGACCUCCUAUGGACUUGGUGACUGGUCAAGUAAUACCAGGGCCGGCACAGGCAGUUGUAGUCACAAGCACUCAGCCACCACCACCUCAGCCAUAUCCAAAUGCUCAUCCAUCCAUAACAACACCUGCUCCAUUGGUCUCAACUUCGUCACAUAAAUUCCUUCCAGGAGUUGGCACACCAUAUACCGUUGGUCCAUACAGCUUCGUGCACCGUUUUCAUCAUCAUCUUCCCGCUUUCGGUGGGCCGAUGCCUCCGCACAGAGUGGCGCUACCACCUCCACCUUCUCAUAUGCAGAUGUUUCACCCUCUGUUUUCUCCACACCCUGGACAUCCACAACAUCCUCGAAACCCUGUUGCUGCUACUCAACAGCCUCUGGUACCACAGUACUAUGCUCCACCUCCGACUGUGAUGACCGUGAAUGUACAAACGCCACCUGGCACUCAUCAUAUGUUCACAAUGCAACAACCGAUGCCAGUUAACAUGUUGUGUUUUCGUCAGGUUCAAUCCGGGGUCACAGGACCACUUCCUGGUCAAAAUGGUCUCCCUGGUCCUACUUUAGUUCAAGCACAACCAAUCAUUUCGACUGUGAGAGCCCAAUCACAGGUGCAUCGGCAGAGUCAGCCAUUCAGACCGCAGCAGUUGCGAGCAUUAGUAGCCGCUUAUAGGGUUGGAAUGUUGGCGCUAGAAACUUUGGCGCGACGCGUGCACGACGAUAGACCGCAGGCAAAAUAUGCGCGAAAUCCACCUUAUGGAGAAGACGUGAAAUGGUUGCUCAGAGUCUCAAAACGGCUUGGUAACCAAUACCUUCAUCAGCUCUGCAUUUGCACAGUGAACAGCAUCGUCAGUCCUUUUGUUCUUCAUGAUGUCGCACUUGAGGCAGCUCAUUAUCUUGCUAGAAGCAACCCCACCCUUGUUUUGCAGCAUUUGAGAUCAGCUCUUGCACCACUCGUACACAAAUGUCAACAAAUGUAUAUCCAAUGUAUGCACCAGAAACUAUAUCAUUUGGCUGCUGGAGAUUACGAGGAUUUCGUGAGUGUUGUUUGCGCUGCAAGAGCUGCGUUCCAGAUCACUCCUGAGGGGCAUACUCAAUUCAAAGAAUGGCUUCAGUCCAUUAGAAGAUCAAAGUCUUGCAAGAAAGAUCUGUGGGCGCAAAUCAACGCAGCACUGCAGCAGAAUGGCAAAUGACACAGAGCGGAGCCAGGUGUGACGUGGCUCACCCAUCAACCUCAUCCUCAAACUACAGCGGUUCUACUGCAACAUCCACACACUCAUCUUUGCCAUUCUCACUCUCAAAGCAUUGUAUGUAUGCACGGAUUAACUACUGUCAACAAAUUUACGUGGGACAAAGUUUCUGUUCGUAUUAUUGGAGAACCCUGUCACCCUCACGGAAUGAUCGCGGAUCUGCCAUUGCAACAGGAAAUUUCAGAAAAUGUUACUAUUCCAGAUACUGACUCUAGAGAUGAACAAUUCAGUUGAUCAUUCUAAGCUUAUAUGAUUGAAUUAGUAGUACACUAUGGCGGGUUUUGAUUGAAAUCUAUGAGUAACUUUAUUUAAUAUUUAUACAACUUGGGUGACAGGAGUUCAACUUAUCCGAGAAGGUACGCUAGGAUGGAACAGAGUAUGUACAAGCUAGAUCCUGUUUUUCAUACCAUCAUCGAAAAGUCGUGAGGAGGACAGAUUUAAUUCGAAAUAUUCACAAUUUGAUCCAUCCAUUUAUGAGCCGAAAAGCUUUUGGAAAACGAAAAUAUCUUAUAGACUGUCGUGAAAUUUUCAUUCUAUAUGCGUCUGUAGCAUGAAAUUAAUUAAUUACAAAGGUCACUGAGUUUUCAGUGGAGUAUUUCAGAAGGAACAAUACUUUAUAAAGUUUCGUUUGAUUAAUAUUUGACACUUGGAUGUAUCCUUAUAAUAUACAUGAAAAUUGAAUCGUAUAAAUAUUUAAAUAGAGUAUCGAAAUAUAUUUCUCGAUGUCAUUACUCAUUAUAGUAACAAUUUCGGUAGUUAAAUUCAUGAUAUCUUGCAUUCUACGCGUCGAACGGAUGCUAUUAAGUAGAGCUCUCUAAAGUAAUGGGCGUUAGUAUUUUUUUUAUGAAGUGGAUUGCAACUUCAAAGAAACGUCGUAGAUGUUUUUACUUUGUAACCAAAAGCAUAGUGAAAAAUUGAUACUUUGAUAUUAAGUAUGUGUUUCAAAAACACUUCCGAAGAUAUUCAUUCGUCUCUUCAAGCCCCAUUAUUUUAAUUCUCAUCAGUUACAACUUGUUUGAAAAAAAUUAGGCUUAAAGAAUAUGACGAGUGGAAAAGUUGAAAAACAAAAAAAAAAAAAAAAAAAAAAUUAAAAUGAAAAAGAAAAAAUACUAUAAGUUUUAAAUACCUAUUUACCUAUCCACGAUUGACCAUAGCAAAAAGAGUAUUAACCACAACCUCAAAGUGUUGUGAUUGGGUAACAAACCGAUCUGGAAAAUUGUUAUUCAACCAGUUGAAAAUACAAGCCUGAAAUAAAACCAUGCAUCUUUCACGAAGAAAAUCAUCAAAUGAAAAAAUCAUUUAUUUUAGUUAGAAUAUCUUUAGCUUCAAUUAGGUAGGAAAUUUUAUUUCGAAUAUAGAUAGGAUGAAUUCUUGUGUCUUGUUUUAUUUUUGUAAACAAGUAAAAAUUUUUUAAUAUUAAUAGCAUCUAUUUAUAUAAUAAUAUGAUAGCAUCCACAUAUAUAGACGAUAUUUACUUAAUACCUACAUUUUUUAAGGACUAAAUUUUUUUUGUUAUUUCCUUGUGGCAAUCAUAUCUUUCAUUUACGAUUACCACUUAUUACUUUUGAAGUAUAAUGAACACACAUAUUAUACCACAUUUAUAGCAUGUUCGUUUGUCACUACCGACAAUCCAUAAACAAAAUGAUCUCUGUAAUUUUUAAAUUAACGUAAUUUGAAAUAUGAAUAAAAAAAAAUAUAAUAAAAAAACUGAACGAAGAA